GUCCCGCCUCCCCGAGCGGAAGCGGGCAUUGUUGUGGCUGACGUCACUCGCGGAGGACGCGGGCGUCCCGUUGGGUCGCGCUUCUGUGGCGGCGCGGCGGAGGCGGCGGAGGGCCGGCGGGCCCAUGGCCAGCGCUGGCAGCCCCCUGUAUGAUGCUGUUCCUAUCCAGUCCAGUGUGGCUUUAUGUUCCUGUUCAUCUCCAUCAAUGGUGAGGAACCAGGUGGAUUCCAGCCUUCAGCCUGUUGCUGCUGCCUGUGGCAGCAGACAGGAAUUGAAUAUGGAGAGCACCUUGCAACAACCUCCACAGCCUCGAAAGAAACGCCCAGAGGACUUUAAGUUUGGGAAGAUUCUUGGGGAAGGAUCUUUUUCCACAGUUGUCCUGGCCAGAGAAUUGACUUCCUCCCGAGAAUAUGCCAUUAAAAUUCUAGAGAAGCGUCAUAUCAUCAAAGAGAAUAAGGUCCCCUACGUGACCAGGGAGAGAGAUGUGAUGUCCCGCCUGGAUCACCCUUUCUUUGUGAAGCUCUACUUCACAUUUCAAGAUGAAGAAAAGCUCUAUUUUGGUCUCAGUUACGCUAAAAAUGGAGAGCUUCUAAAAUACAUCCGAAAGAUUGGUUCGUUUGAUGAGACAUGUACAAGGUUUUAUACUGCUGAAAUAGUGGCUGCAUUAGAGUACUUGCAUGGAAAGGGAAUUAUCCAUAGGUAAUGUAUUUUGAAUAUAUGCAUCUCCUGGUUCAUUUAGCUGUCCUUGGUUGUCUCUCUAUCGUGUGACUGUAUAAGCAGAAGGCCUUGGGAAGCCAUUUUCCCAGCAGCUGCUGGUUGAGACUUUAAAUUUCUCUUCCAGUGCAGUGUGACAUUUGCCAACAGGAACAUCUAUGCUUUUGAAGCUGAGUGAGGCAAAAAUAUUGGAGAUGUCU